AUGGUGUUGAGGCCAGGCGCCGCCCCACGACGUCAUUUACGGAGCCCCACACCGGUUAGCCUAACAAGUGACCCAGGGACAAACAUGUUAUUUUAAAUAGAUGGGAAGUAGGUAUGAAAAAAUGGCAAACCACAAUUGUAAUUAAGGUCGGAAAGGAAGAGAGAAGACAAAGGGGACAUUGGGUUUUUUAUUUCCUUAGCAAAUUCAUCAUCACUAUUUACUGCCAUCGAUCUCCAGAUUGAUUCAGUGAUGAUCUAAGUAUACACAAUUCAACAACUGCAUAUUCAACGAGAACUCCGAUCCAGAGACAGAUUUGGAUUGGGAUCUGUAAGUUGAGUGUUGGAGGAUGGCGACGAGAAACAGAACGGUUCUGUUUAGGAAGUAUAGAGACGCAUUGAAAAGCGUUAGGGGUCCCCCUCCUCCUCCGGUGAUUGAGUUGGCCAACGCCGCUUUGUUUAAGCAGAAUACUAAGUAUGCUCCGCUUAGUACCCAAGAUCCCGGAAAUACAGGGGCACUAACAGUGGGUCUUCCUCCUGCUUGGGUUGAUUUAUCUGAUGAAAUAACAGGAAAUGUGCAACGUGCAAGGUCUAAAAUGGCCGAGCUGGCAAAGACUCAUGCCAAGGCUUUGAUGCCAUCUUUUGGUGAUGGUAGAGAAGAUCAGCACAGGAUUGAGGCUCUAACCCAUGAGAUAACUGACCUUCUUAAAAAGUCCGAAAGAAAAUUAAAGAAAUUAUCUGCAGCUGGGACUUCUGAGGAUUCAAAUAUUAGGAAAAACGUUCAGCGUUCUCUUGCCACUGAUCUUCAGAGCCUCUCGCUGGAACUCAGGAAGAAGCAAUCAACUUAUUUGAAGCGCCUUCAGCAGCAGAAAGAGGGUCCAGAUGGGGUUGAUCUUGAAAUGAAUUUAAAUGGAAAGCAAUCUCCAAGGGAUGACGAUGAAUUUGAUGACUUGGGUUUCAGUGAACACCAGAUGGCAAAAUUGAAGAAAAGUGAAGCUUUCACAGUGGAAAGGGAGAAAGAGAUUCAACAGGUUGUGGAAUCGGUUAAUGAGCUCGCACAAAUCAUGAAAGAUCUUUCCGUCCUUGUCAUUGACCAGGGAACUAUUGUUGAUAGAAUCGACCACAAUAUUCAGAAUGUUGCAGCUUCCGUGGAUGAAGGCCUUAAACAGCUGCAAAAAGCGGAGCGAAGUCAAAAACGAGGGGGGAUGGUAAUGUGUGCUACAAUACUUGUUAUCAUGUGCUUUGUAAUGUUGGUUCUAUUAAUCCUUAAGGAGAUUCUCUUCUGAUCUCAUGUUUAGUAUUUCAGUUACAAAGUUACUGUUUUGACCCUCACCUGAGAUGAUAAGGGUAUAAUUCAAACUCAUGUAUAGAUGAUUUUACACUGUAGAUUUCCUUGCUUUU